AUGGCGGCGAAACAUGAAGAUAAAGGCGACAUCAACGCCCUCGACCGCGGUCGCAGUCAUGAGAACGAGAAGCGCGGCUCCAUCUCCAAUUCCAUGCGCGAGAGCUCUGUGGGCCGUGGUGAUCGCCAAAAUUCCGACCAGCUUCAGCGCCACUUGACGAACCGACACAUUCAGCUUAUCGCCAUCGGCGGUUCCAUUGGUACAGCCCUUUUCGUCAGUAUCGGAACCGGUCUCCAGCGUGGCGGCCCGGCCAGCUUGUUAAUCGGCUACAUCAUCCACUCCGUCAUGGUCGGUAUGGUGAACAAUUGCCUGGCAGAAAUGUGUGUAUAUAUGCCUGUCACUGGUUCCUUCAUCCGCAUGGCUGGCAAGUGGGUGGACGAGGCCUUUGGCUUCAUGUCCGGCUGGAACUUCUUCCUCUACGAAGCCUUUCUCAUCCCAUUCGAAAUCUCCGCCCUCAACCUGGUCCUCACCUUCUGGCGCGACGAUAUCCCUGUUGCCGCCGUUUGUGUCGCGUGUAUCGUACUGUAUGCGCUUCUGAACGUCGUCGCCGUCAAGUGGUUUGGAGAAGCCGAAUUUUGGUUAGCCAGCGGCAAGAUCCUACUGAUCGUUAUCGCAUUUUGUUUCACCUUCAUCACCAUGGUUGGUGGCAACCCCCAACGUGACGCCUACGGCUUUCGUACGUGGAAGGAUCCCGGUGCUUUUGCAACCUACAUCAACACUGGCGACCUCGGUCGCUUCCAGGGAUUGCUCGCCGCCAUAUACUCUGCCGGUUUCACCGUUGUUGGUCCGGAAUACAUAUCUAUGGUGGCUGGUGAGGCCCAGCGUCCUCGCACCUACCUCAAGCAGGGUUUCAAGACAGUCUACUGGCGAUUUGGCGUUUUCUUCAUUGGCAGCGCCAUCGCCAUUGGUAUUGUCGUUCCCUACAACGACAAGAAACUAGCCAACGCAGGAGCUGGAACUGCCGACGGUUCGCCGUAUGUCAUUGCGCUUCAGAACAUGGGUAUCGGUGUUCUUCCUCACGUCAUCAACGCCCUUCUCUGCACCAGUAUCUUCAGCGCUGGUAAUGCCUACACUUACUGCGCCAUGCGAAGUCUCUACGGCCUCGCCCUCGACGGUCAAGCCCCCGGCAUCUUCAAGAAGUGCCUGAAGAACGGUAUCCCGAUCUACGCGUUCGCAAUUGUUAUGCUCUUCCCGCUGCUGUCCUUCUUGCAGGUGUCAAACAACACGGCACAGGUUGUUACCUGGCUACAGAGUUUGACCCAAGCCGCGCAGCUGCUUAACUAUGUCGUCAUCUCCGUCAUUUAUGUCUUCUUCUACCGCGCAUGCAAUGCUCAGGGCCUUAUUAGGAGAAACCUACCAUACUAUGGCUACUUCCAGCCCUACUGCGCAUACAUCGGCAUCGUGUGGAUGACCUUCAUGGUUACCACCUUUGGAUAUACUACCUUCCUUCCCGGUCGAUGGGACACUCUGACCUUCUUCUCGUACUACCUGAUGAUCUUUGUCGGCAUCAUCACCUUCACGACGUGGAAGCUGUUCAAGAGAACCAAGUUCGUUCGAUCAUCCGAGGCCGACCUUAUCUGGGACAAACCCAUCAUCGACGCAUACGAAGCGCAGUUCACAGAACCACCGACCCGAUUCCGAGACGAGGUUCGAAAGAUAUUUGGUUGGAAGAAAAAUAAGGGUGUAUCUGAAGACGCUCCAUAA